AUGUCUACACGAUACGCCUUUAACAAGAGCGUGAGAGAGCUGCGAUUCCUAUUCUGCAACACCUCUGCACACAGUGACGCAACCAGGGCAUUCUUGAAACGAGCAUAUCCAACUAUGAAAAAGAACAAUCCAUACAUUCCUAUCAUGAUGCGAGAGGCAUUGGACACCGAGCCAAGAGUGUUUGCUAGAUACGAAAUGGGUGUUGAGAAGCAGGAACCCUUACUAGGCUUAACGGAUAAGGAGAUAGAGGAGAAGGUCACAGCUCUAGUGAGGGGCUCGAUAUAG